AUGACCUACUGCUCCAAGCCAUGUCAAAAGGCUGACUGGUCAGUCCACAAGAUCCUCUGCCCCACCUACUUGAACUUCCAGACCCGUCCGACCCCCGAUCACUUCCUCGGCAUCCUCUUCCCCGAGAAGUCCACCACCCCACGUUUUCUCUGGGUUGCCUGCCCACUCGAAUACGACGAAGAUGAUGACUCUCACUGGCGGUUACCGAAGUGCCCAGAGGUCAAGUUCUUCGUCGGACGAUCAAUGAGUCUCCCGGCUAAUGGGCUCAGGAAGCGGUGGAGGGGUGACAAGCUAGAGAUAUACUAUAACGAUGAUUUCAUGAUCGACGGAUCUGAGGUCAAUGAAUGUGUUAUAGCUGUUACGGGUGGGAAAGCGUAUCACCCGUGGGGUGACUCGAUACUAGUGAUGAGGCAUGUAGGGUUGAGCAUGAAUCCGGAAGCUUUUGAGGAUGUGCAGAUGGUGGAUUUCAGGGAUGCGGUAGAUUAUUUGACGACAUAUGGGGAUAGGGCAAUACACGAUAAUAUGAAGGGGCUUCCGAGGCCAGCGUGGACAUACCUGCAAUGA